CAAAGAUACAAACUUACGUACAGAUUAACCAGAAAAUGGUAUAAAAAUGAUUUCUUAAUUCAUAUUACUUCAUAAUCGCUUAUUAUUUAACGAAAUGAAUUUUGUACGUGAGAUUCAAUUACCACCCGAUCAGCAAACAAUCAUGAAUUGUGAUAGUAAGUUUAAUGAUUCAUUUUGGUCAGAAGUUUUUAAAACAGUCGAUAAAAAUCAUGAUGGACGAAUAAAUAAGAAAGAAUUUAAAAAAUUCAUGUUAACUAAUGGCGGUAAAUUUACUGCAAGUGAUAUAAAAAAAAUAUUUGCUUAUUGUGAUACAGACAAAAGUGGUUAUAUCGAUUUUCUGGAAUUCAAAAAUUUUAUGGAAGGACAUUGAUAAACAUAUUUAAGUUUAAUUUGUGCACUAUAUAUAUAUAUUUCCGUUUAUUUAUUUAAACAAGACUUGAUUACUUUUAAUGUUUUCCUAUUUUGUUCCUUCGUAUUCAUGCUAUUGUUUAUCUUUUGAUUUGUUUGUUUUCUUGGUUUUCGAGUUCUUAAAAUGGCAAAUGGUAAAAAAAUGAAAAUAUCUGCCCAAGUAUCAGAUUUUCUGUUUAAUAUUAAUUUAACUACUCUGUCUAUUGAUGAAUAGAUUGAAAAUCAGUCAUCAUAUUUCUUGUAUUCAUUCAGCAUAAUAAGAAAGUUAUUAUUAUUGUUAACUAACUGACAGAAGAGAACAACUGUUGGUUAUUUUGGGAUUUUUAUUUCCAUUUUUGAGUAUUUUCUUAGUGAUUAAAAAACUAUGAAUUACCUAUCAAAAAUACGGUAAAUGUUUGUUCUAAUGAUUCUGUCUUUUAAAAUUUAUUCGACCGGUUAAUAUGUUAAAUUAUCACUAUAUCUGCUUUGCUUCUUUGCUAGUAGGAAUUUAUAUCUUAAUUUUAUAGCUUUCUUGAUAUCACUGUCAAUCACUCCCGAUAAAUAAACAUGUUGUUAGUGAUAAUCAGUGUAAUAGAUCAAAAGAAACUCAAGAAAUUAAUUGAUCCUUCGUAA